UUCACCUGCUGGGCGGUGCGGGCGGGGCGGGGCCCACCGGGAGUCGCGAGGAGGGGAGUUGCCGGUGCGGGUUGCCCGCCGCGCCAUGGAGCCGCCGCUGGUCGUGUCGGUGUUCCUCGUGCUGCUCUGCUUCGCAGGUCUAACAAGAAGCUUAAGCAUAACUUCCACUGACCAAUCAAUGUUUGAAAAAGCACAAGGAGAGAAAGUUACGUUGCCGUGUACUUUUGUACUCUCAGAAGAAGAUGAAGGCCCGCUAGAUAUUGAAUGGGUGUUGAUACCAGCAGAUAAUCAAAAGAAGGAACAAAUAAUAAUUAUGUAUGCCGUAGACAGGAUUUAUAAUCAUUAUUAUGCUGCUAUGAAUGAGCGGAUGCAGUUUACUAAUCCGGAUCCCAGAUCUGGUGAUGGUUCAUUGGAUAUACUGAAUUUAAAGGCAUCAGACACUGGCACGUACCAGUGCAAAGUGAAGAAGGCUCCUGGAGUUCAAAGCCAAAAAAUACAGUUGACUGUACUUGUAAAGCCAGCAAGGACUAAAUGUUCCAUUGAAGGAUCACACGAGAUUGGAAAAGAUGUUAUCUUGAAAUGUGCAUCACAAGAAGGAUCCCCACUUUUGUCUUACGACUGGAGAAGAGUAUCUGGCACACAGGAACUUCCUGCCACUUCCAUGCUGAAUAAAAAUACAGGGGAACUUCUCUUGAAAAAUGCCUCUCAAGACUAUUCUGGUACAUACAGUUGUGUGGCCUCAAACAGAGUUGGCACGGAUGAAUGUUCUGUUCAGCUGAAUGUCACCCCUCCUAUAAAUACAGCUGGUAUAAUUGCUGGAGCUAUUAUAGGAACUCUGCUGGGUCUUUUUAUACUGGCUUUUCUCAUCUUCUGUUGCUGUAAGAAACAUAGAGAGAAGAAAUAUGAGAAAGAAGUACACCACGAAAUCAGAGAAGAUGUUCCACCUCCAAAAAGUCGCAGUUCAACAGCCCGCAGCUACAUAGGCAGCAAUCGUUCUUCUCUGGGUUCAAUGUCUCCCUCAAAUAUGGAAGGAUAUACCAAAACUCCAUAUAGCCAAGUCCCAAGUGAAGACUUUGAACGCGCUCCUGGUCAAAACCCAACCUUUGCAUCUUCAAAGGUAGCUGCACCUAAUUUAAGUAGAAUGGGAGCUGUUCCAGUGAUGAUUCCGGCACAAAGCAAAGAUGGGUCCAUAGUAUAAAAUAUUACUAAUUUAAAUGCUCUUUUUAAAGUGUUCAUUGUAAGUAUUAGAGAAACUACCAUGUCCAUCCCUCAUUUAAAAAAUGGCAUGCAACUUUCCUUGAAGAAAAUUAACAAGUUAGUUUGAAAAGCCAUGAAUUCUUUUAAUUUGAAACUUAGGAGUAUAUGAUAGUUGAACUAUUUGCUAAAAGCAUUGAAGUUCCUAAAUAAAUAUCAGACACUGAAGGUAUUUGGACCUCUGAUAGGUUGCUGAAGAGACACUGUCAGCUGAUGUGCCGUUCUGAAUAUGUAACAGCGAGACACAAGUGAGAAGUAACAAAAGCAUUUCAUAUGUAGGCCAUGAAGUUUCUCAGAGUUCCUGAAACUUUACCCUCAAUUUUGGAAUAGCAGAAGUAUUUUAGCUUGGCCACUCUCUGGUUGUAGAAGGCUGAAAUACUGAGGAUGACUUUGAAUUCUGUUCAGACUCUGAAUAUUUAUGCAGUUCUUUAACCUGGUAAUGUUUGUUUGGAGCACUUCUUGAGCUCUUAUUUCAGGGGCUGCCAGUUAUUGGAUUGGUUCACUUAAUUUAAUGAAUCUAUUCUGAAUUUAAAAUUUCUGUGAGUAGAAACGUGACAGAAGACUUUGCAAGCUCUUUGAAACAUGAAUUUUUCUGUAAUAACUAGUUUUAGUUACGUCAGAUAACAAGAGGUCCUAUUGGGUUGUUGGUAAUGGUAUCUAAGCUUUGAAAGCUAUAGAUCCAACUUUUGCUGUCACAGGAAGAACGAAUAUGCAUCUCUAGACAUAUACAGGUCUUAAGUUAAUUUUACCUUGUAUUUUCCAAAGCCUGUUUAGAUUCUAAGGCAGUGCUCUUACUUAUUUCCAAACCAGUUACCUAGAAGCUCCAUGGGGUUUUAAUGAAAGCUGUCAAAUAACUGGUAUUUGCUAUCUGUCCUCUUGCUCUAACAUCACUUUGGAAAAAUCUUUUCCCAUAUACACGUAAGCAGUUGUUAUCCUUUAGUUAAGAUGCUAAUGUCUUUCUGUAUGAAUUUGCAAGUUUAAAGCUCCUUUCUUCUUGCUUCUUCAAUAGCCCUAAGUAUUCUUAUUAACAGACAUUUAGACUUUUAAGAGCAAGAGUUUCAUGCAACCAGAAUCUGAGAGGAAAUAGUUAUCCAGAAUUGUUGAUACAAAUCUCAUGUUUAAAGACUAAAACCCUUUAUUCCCGGUUUUGCAAACUUAAACUCAUCCUGUGCUGGGGGGUGGGAGGGGAAGUCCCUUCAGCUUGUUCUAGCUACAGAUGUUAAAAACUGCAAGGUAUUUUGAAAAACUCUACAGGCAAUUAGUAUGUGGCACUGAUGUUGAAGGAAAUCUCUGAAUAGCCUGCUGAAAGAUGUUAGGAUUAUUUGUAUGUAGCAAGAGUGUGAGGAAAAAAAUAUUUCCCCAAACUUCUAGGUUUAGUGCCUGCUUUUUUGUAGCUGCUUAUAGAUCUGUGAUAAAUUCUUUGGCUUACUACUAAAUGUUUGUCCUAUCUGUAGUUAGGUGCACAAUUUUUGGCUAGCACUACUGAUGUAAAGAACAUACCCUUCAUACUGAAUUUAGAAACUUGAAUGGCUAUUAAGUAUUCUAGACUUAGUUUUACACAUUUGGGACUUUUUUAUAUUGUAAACUGAUACUGUUAGAGACCAGGUUUUUUUAUCUUUCAUGUGUGCCUUUUCAAUAAACUUUACCUGAUUGUAACUUCUGAUUUUAUAAAAUUUCUGGUGCCUAAAUUUACUGCUUGGACAGGUGCUUAGAUGAUGGUACAGUUCUUAAAACAUGACACUGUGAGCUGAUUUCUUGAUUCUUGUGUACUAUUCAUAUCUCUUCAUGCCUAUUUUUGGAUGUGACUUCAGUGGCUCUCUCUGUAUUGUUCUAUAUUUCAAAAUGUCAGUUACUCCUUCAACUGCUAAUUAUCAUCUAAGUGUUUAUAUUCCUGAAAACUGUUCAGUUGUUGUACCAGUGUGAUGGAUGAUUGACUUUUACUUGUGUGGUAAAUAAUAGGUUUAGUAACUGUGCCAAACACAUGCUUAUGAAGAACAAUAGAUGAGGAGACAUCUUCUUGCAUCCAAUUAUUGUGAUAGAAGAGACUUCCGAGAUUUUAAUCAUACACUGAUUGUUUACGUUGAAACUAAGGCCUUCCUUAAUUAAAAGGGUAUAGUUAUUUUGAAUACAAGUUGAGUACAAAACUAAACUGAAUCACAGACUGAGAGAUAGCUAUAAACCUAAGCAACAAGGCAACAAACCUACUGAAUUUGGCUCUUAGCCAUCUGUGGACAUAUGUGAGAUUAGACGUGUGGUUUAGUUUUUUGUUUGUUUGCUUUUGGGUUUUGUUUUUGGUUGGUUGUGUUCUGUUUGUUUGGUUUGGGUUUUUUUUGGUUUGGCCUGAGACCCUGUGCUUUCCGUCAGGUAAGCCCUAGGACACUGCAGAACAGAAACUUAUCUCACUAAAGCAUACAGAGCAGAGUUUACGUAUGCUUAAUGCUCUGUCAGUUUGUACAAAAUAAUAAAUGGACAGAACAACAGAAGGACAGCGUGACGUGCCCUCAGAGCCUAGCUGUUAGGCUUAGCAGCCUUGACAGUGUCUGUCUAUUUAUGUAAUUGCAUGGAAAAAAAAGAAAUGGAAUCUGACAUAGUCCUUAUCUGAAAUAAAGAACCUCUGACUUGGGGUAAGCUUUGCCUCAAGUUGGUAUCAUCGUGCCGUUUUCGAUGGAUCCAAGACUACUAUGAAAACAUAAUACUGCUAUUAUGAAUUAUUUCUUUAGUCAACAGAUUGUUCACUUACACUGAAUUGUGAUCCUCAAAAGCAGCUGCUAUAGUUUAGCAAAGACUUGUAGCUGUGUAGAUGAACUGUUUAAACACGUGAGGUGUCUGAUCUUGCAGAUAAUUCUGCUAACAGAACUCUUCUAGGAAGUAAUGGCAGCUGAUAUACCAGUUAGAAGGUGGCAUUUUAAAUGUCUAAUUUUAUUAAAAAAAAAAAAAAGGGGGGGGUGGGGUGGGGUGGUACCAUUAUGUAAAUACUCUCAGUGAACUCAAGAUCCCUCUAGUUAAUGUCAUGACUGUAAACUUGCCUGUUGAGGACUACUAUAUAUAGAAGAACCACCUCCAUUUUAGCAUGGUGUGAAUAAAGUGUUAGACUUGUAAUACUGUAGAGGUUAUGUAACACUUGUCCAUACAUUACAAGCGUUUUCAUAAACUUUCUAAAAUGGAUAUUUAAAGAUAUUUGUGUGAAACUUCCUUACCUAAAAACGAAUACUUCUUCCAAAACUGUGUAGUGCCCAGAACUGCCUUGUUGGAGGGGUAAAAAAUGACUUUUGAAAGAAAUGUACAAUGCAUACAUCUUUCUCAACUGAUAGUCGCAUUCGUGUUAGAUGUAUGCUUCCUGCUUAAUAGUGCAAGUAAGACUUCUUAAUUGCAAGUUUUUCUGUAAUGCUGAAUAUUGUAUAUUACUGCUUUCCAUGAUAGGCUUUUGGGUUUGUUCUUAACAGUGUAUAUUCUGGAUCACUUUAGAUCUUUGUUCCAGUCUAAAGACAUAAUACUAAUUGUCACUUAAACCUUGUUUUAUACACUUGAUAGGUGCUUUAUGGGACCUUUCGGUUAUUGGUCCUCUAGCAUUGAGGCACAGCUCAAUUGAAAUUGGAGCAAUAAUAUUUCCUGGAAUCCAAAAUGUUAUGAUGUUAUGUUAUGCUUCUCAUGCAUAAAGCAUGGACUUUGAAUAUUAAUAUGAAUUUCAGUAUGACAUUUUAUAUCCACACUUUUGGGGGAAUGGUAUUUUAAAAUACAAGUAUUGUGAGUGAAUUUGUAAAAACAAAAUCCAAAAUUUUAAAAUGCUGUAGUUCUGUGACAGACUUGUGUACUUUUUGAAAUAAAACUGUUGGAGAAAACAGUAGUCUGUCUUUAUUUUAAAGCAGCACUUGUGUAUAGCUUCAGCUUUCUCUUUAAGCAGUUGGAAAUGAACUAAUAAAUAUGGCUGUGUAUACCA